AUGGCUGAAUUGGACCAAAUAUUAAAGGACUUCCCUGCACACGAGAAAUAUGAAAAUUUGAACAGGAAGUCAGUUAAUAAUGAAGGCAAAUAUAUUAAAUGGUGUAAUUAUUUUAAAACCGCGGAUAAAGAAGCAAUAAAUUUUUGUAAACGAGCAGUGACAAAUUUAAGUGAUAUAUUUAACACUCAAAAUGAAGGAAAUCGGAACGACAGUUGUGUUUAUUUUCAACACUGGUUCACUGAUCAUAUUAGGAAAAAUUUUAGCAAUAAUGAUAAAUUUUUUAGUAAUUAUGAUCCAUCGAAUUAUCUUUAUGAUGUAAUGAACACAGUUAAUUAUGAGAACAAAAGAGAUUUCAAUUAUAGUUGCUUCAUUUCCCGUGAUGCCAGAAGCGUUAAGGUUGAAAAAGAUUUGCAUGAUUAUUUCAGAAAUUUUCAUAAGAUUAAUUGUAAAGGUUUAGAUAAGGAUAAAUGCCAAAUGUAUCAUAGAUAUGUUCAGUACAUUAAACCUUUAUAUAAAGAUCGUAAAGAUAGACACUUGUGUUGUUAUCUUGCUAAUGGUGAAGUAGAAGAUCGAUGUAAACACUAUUUUACUUGUGAUAAAAAAUAUGAUCCACAAAAUCUAUUAUAUAUGUUAGAAAGACAAAUGAAUAGUACAGAUAACGGAAAAAUAAUUGGAUCAGCAUGGAAUCUUUUUCCUAAUAAUCAGAAUUAUGGAAUGUACGAUGAAAAUUGGAACAGUUACGGUUCAAGUGUAUUUGCAUCCUUUAAACCUAACAGUUAUGAAUCAAUUAAUCAAAGUUUAUUUUCGUCCCGAAAAUUCCACAAUGGGCUUAUUGUUUUUGCAAUGAUAGGAAUAUUUUUCGGUUUACUCUUUUACAUUAAAGUAAAUAAUAUUACAUUUUAA